AUGAUUGCAUGCGUGUCAGAUAUGCAGCAAGUGGGAAAUGUGGAUCCUGGACCGACGGUUGGUACACAGUUGACGCGGCAGCCGGUUCAUCGAUCCACGCUGCUUUGGGAGACGCCAGCCGGUCAGGUAGUGCCAAGCGUGCUAAACUGCAGACGCCGAAGUUGCAAGUUACCCGAGCAUGGGCUUGACCCACGGAUUGCUCGGUACAUAACUGAGGCGGGUUUUGAAGGGUUAUUCAAGGUCCCAAACUUGGAAGUGGAUCAUGCGUUGAUCACAGCACUAGUUGAGCGUUGGCGUCCGGAGACGCACACAUUCCACCUACCGCAUGGAGAGAUGAGCAUCACCUUACAAGAUAUUGAGGUGAUGCUAGUGGUUCCUGUUGAUGGGUUGCCAAUUACUGGGGCUGUGAAGAUGGAUUGGCCUACGUUGUGUCUUGAGUUAUUGGGUCAUCGUCCACCAGACCCGAUGCCGCAUCCCCAUGAGAACACCUCUAUCCUUGCUGGGGCGAGGCUCAGAUUCACGUGGCUGGAUGCACUAUUUAGUGGGCCCCUAGCUGCGGAUGCUACUGAUGAGCAACGCGAAGAGGUACAGUUGGGGUAG